AUGUCUGAACCAGCUUGGAAACGAUUGGGGCUGAAGAUUAAGGAGACAGUGGAGACUGAUCCGCUGUAUCUUACGAAGGUCAACGUCUCACGCAAGCGAAAGGUCGAGCCAAGUGAAAAUACAGAGAAGAAGCCUCCUAAACGGAAGAAGCUCCCUAAAAGUGAGAGGCCUGCUCCACCAGAGAAGGACCAACUCAAGUAUUUACGCCAAUAUAACGAAGAUAGAGAGAACUGGAAGUUUUCAAAGGCAAAACAAGCCUGGAUCUUGAGAAAUAUCAAGCAUAUUCCUGCUGAAUAUGAGGAGUCAUUGAUGAUUUACGUUAAUAGCAUUCAAGGAGGAUCCAAAGAUCGACUCAAGGAUGAUAUGGUGGCCGUGAUAGAAAAGUGGAAUACUGCCGCUAAUACAGUUGAAAACUCCAAGAGCGAUGUGACGGGAGAAGAAGCCAAUGAGGGGUCCAGUGGGGAACCCAAAGAGACUGAUCAAGAGAAGAAAAGUUCAAUAGCUGACGAUAAAGACAUUCCCGACUUCAACUACGUUAUGCUUGCUAAAAAGAUAUACGAGAUGUUAACGGGCACGAAGAUUGACGUUGCUGGAGCAGUUGAGGAAGAGAAGCAGGAAGAACAGGAGGAGCAUCCUUUGAUUGUGGAAGAAGUGGAUGUAGAGGAGUAUCUCGAUGACAACGACAACGAAUUAGUCGAUGCAAAACAGUCGGACUCUGAGCUGGCCACGAAGAAACCGCCAAAAAAGCAUAAGGAUAAGAAAUCCAAGUCCAAGAAGGAGAAAAAAUCAAGUGGGGUGUCUUCGUAA